AUGGAUGACGUACGGAAAUCUUGGUUCCCGCUGUUCGAAAACAUUCUUAGAGAAGGCGCCAAGAUAAUUCGGGUUGGCCAGAAGCCGCUAAUCAUGUACGCAACAUGCAUGGGCGACGAUAAACUAUACGGCUCGAACGUGGAUGUCUUCUGGAAGUUCCUAAAGGAGUGUAGACUGUCGUGGCCCGAAGAGCCACAGUCAAGUGACACCAGCGCCCUCGAUGUACUGAUAACACUCGCAUUCAAGUGGCAGGUUUCGCUCUUCUUUCAGUUAAGACUACUGCGCUUGGGACCCACACUGAAUUGGCGUUUGACUUUAGAUCCAGGCCCACUUAUACCGCUAAUGUAUCAGCAUCAUCUCACGGUAAAAAAUACCGGCGGAUACGCCAAGUACUGGGCUGCGUUCUUCUACAUCCUCAAGGGAAGCUAUGACAAGGACGCGAAGAUAAACCAGACGCUCAUAGAGACAACCAUAGCAUUGGAAGGGGACGUAUUUAGAAGACUCCUAUUGGCCAUGCGUCCACCUGUAGUCCACCCAGUACUGGUGCCAAUCGCCAAGAUUGGACUCUACACUCCGCCUCUGGACUCGAAGCAGUGGCUACGGGCAUUAAAGCAAUUAGAGCUUCAGCCUGAGAUGGAAUCGAACGACCAGGUUCUCAUAGCCGACAAAAACUUCUUCCAGACCAUGGCGGCCGUUCUGGCCUCGUAUACUGACACCAAGCUGCUGUCCCUGAUUGCGUGGUCUUGCGUGCAACUGUUGGCCCCGGCAGUAGAUUUGCAGCUGCUGAAGAACCGGUACGACCAAGGCGUCAUACUUUACCGGCCAUACUUCUGCGAACGUUUUGUCGAGACCGCCUACCGGCUCCUGGUGAUUUCCCUCACCUCUGUGUCGCGCUUCUCAAGACAGCAGCGCGCCGUCAUCUCUGCAUACUUCGACAACCUGGUUACAACCGCCAGUGGUUUGGUCAGCGCGACAGACUGGCUGGAUGCCGACAACCGACAGCUUGCCGCCAUGAAGCUGUCUUUGACACGCCUGCAGCUGUGGCCCCCCGAGAAUUUCCUAAAGAACGAGGCACUCGAUCGCAUGUACGCGGCUUUUCCCAGCGCCCAAUUGCCAUUUGCAGAAUAUUGGAUCCAAUCGAGUCGGCGUGCCGCUGAUAUGUACCGUACGAGUACCAGUAUUGACGGCUUGAGCUACGCGGUCAACUACGCGCUGCCGUACCUGGUAUACGAUGCUGCCAGUGGCGCAGUGAAGGUAGCUGUGGGUGCCCUUACUCCGCCCCUGUACUACUCUGACGGGACCAAAGCUAUGUUCUAUGGAGGACUUGGAUUCUCCAUGGCUGUCAAUCUCGUCGCAUCCGUCGACAGACAGGGACUGCGGUGGCAUCCAAACGGCUCGUUCGGCAACUCCUUUUUGUCCAGCGCCGCUUCUCGAGCCUUCGAAGACCGGGACGGCUGCCUGGCGACUGCAGAGGAGGCGCCCGUAGGUGACUCCCCCACUUAUCCGACCCGACCCGGCUCCAGGACCAGCGUCUUUCCCGAGAUUCCCGCGCUCGAAGUGGCCUACGCAGCGUACAGGCGUUCCAUCAGCGAAAGCGACGACGACAGUCCACAGGGUAUUUCCCGGAAUCUCUCGGGCGAUCAGGUGUUCUUCAUGACUUUGUGCUACAUGACGUGCAGCCUUCCCAGAGCCAUGGGUCCACACACGGUCGACUGCAACAAGGCUGUCAGCAAUUCGGAGGCAUUCGCGCGGGCUUUUCAGUGCCCGUACGGAUCAAAGAUGAAUCCGAAGAAGAAGUUCACAUUCUUCUCCUGA